GAUGGAUACACGUCAUUCUAUUAUAACAUAAAAAUUAUAAUGAUAGAGAAACAAACCACGAUUUUGAAUUAAGAACCUGUAAAAAUGGAUUAUGAUGAUUAUGAAACUCUGCCACAAAAUACUACAGUAUACACCCAUAUGUUGGCGGGUGCUGCGGCUGGUAUUAUGGAACAUAGCUGUAUGUAUCCUAUAGAUUCUGUGAAGACCCGAAUGCAGAGUUUACUAUCCUACAAAUUAUAUGAAGGCAAAAACCUGCUCCAAAAUCUAUCCCAGAUUAUCAAAAACGAAGGUAUCUUGAGACCCAUUCGAGGUCUUAACGCUGUAGUCAUUGGAGCUGGUCCGGCGCACGCGCUUUACUUUUCCAGUUACGAAGCGAUCAAAAAAUUUCUGAUCACGCAAGAUUCGAAGGCUCUCGAUACUAAAAAUCAGGGUAUUAAUACUUGUUCUAGGACCCAUCAAAUUUUGGCUCAUGGAGCUGCUGGGGCUAUAGCCACGUUAUUACACGAUGCCAUUAUGAACCCGGUUGAAGUUAUAAAGCAAAGGCUUCAAGCCCUGAACUCGCCUUAUACUGGAGCCAUUAACUGCGCUAGCGCCAUUUUCAAAAAAGAAGGAUACGGUGCUUUUUAUCGCAGUUAUAGCACCCAAUUAACUAUGAAUAUCCCUUUUCAAACCACUCAUUUCGUCACUUACGAAUAUUGUCGCAAAAAAUUUUACAGACUUCGUUCCAAAGGCAACACCAAAAGAUAUAACAAGGGCGUAAGUAAAAAUAAAACUACAGACCCCGUUUUUUAUUAUGACCCGCUAUCACAUUUGAUGGCCGGAGGUAUAGCCGGGGGUAUAGCGGCCGCCAUAACUACCCCAUUAGACGUCUGUAAAACUCUGCUCAAUACUCAAGAAUUGAUUUUAUCUGUGGGCGAUAAUUCUACCAACAAAUCCCACCACUUUAGUGCUUCCCCUUCAGGAUGCUGCUCCCCUCAUUCUUCCAACCUUUCAUCACACCCCUCCAUAUAUGAAUCCUCUAAUAAAAGUUACCAGGAUAAAAAUAAAAUUUCUAAUCCUAACAUCACAGAGCAGAACAAUACUAAAACAGGUACCAAUAACAUUACUUUCAUCAAAAGAAGGCAAACCAGCAACCUAUAUUUACUAUCCCACAACUUCAAAAAAUACAAUAUGAUAACCUCUACUACCAUUAAAACGUGCGUUACCGUCCUAUCGACUAGUUCUCGCGUACUUGGAGCGCCUCGCGAUAAUUCUUCCUCUACCUUUAACCAAGUUAACUUCAAUAAAAAUCUUCAUAACGAUAAUAAAAAAACGCAGACAUCUAUCAAUGGCUUAAUGCAGGCCGCUAAAAUGGUUUAUAAAAUAAGAGGGUGGAGAGGUUUUUAUCAAGGUCUACAAGCCCGAUGUAUAUAUCAAAUGCCCGCCACCGCUUUUUCUUGGUCCGUCUACGAAUUUUUUAAAUAUUUUUUGACGUCUAAGAAACAUAAUUGAGUUCCGAUUUCGCGCACAUUUAUUUUUUUUUAAUAUAUCAGUAUUGAUUUUCGCUCUCUUUGACUAAAAUUCAAUAAAUAGUUUUUUGGACCUUUUUAAGGAAUUAAAAAGCAAAAUGAUAGACAACUAUAUUGCUAACAAAAUUCCAUAAUAUAGAGAAAAUAAUAGUUAAAUAAAAAGUUUUUUAUAUUAAAAUAUUUUUGGUUAGAUCACUUUUAGUUAAUCUUUGAUUAUAAUAUUUCAUAUAUUAGUGUGUGAAAAUUUAAUUUAUUUAUACAUUCUUGAGAAAUCUGUUUAAAAUAUAAACAAUGCUAAAAAAUAUAUAUAUUAUAUAAAUAUUAUUUAACAUGCUAGACGUCUAUAAUACUAAAGAACUUUAGUCUUAUUGAAUUGUUAUAUAGUGAUUAUAUACAACUCAACGAUUACAAUUAUCAAACAAAAUUAUGUUAUAUUCUUGUAUUUAUUUUUUUCUGCCACAAAUAUAAAUUUUAGUUUUUUUUUCAAAAAAUAUUGAAAUGAUGUAUACACAUAAACAUUGCUAUACGCACAAACCAUUUUGGUAUUUUUUUGUUAUCUCAAUUAAAUUUUAUAGCCUAUUAAGUUCUUCUUAAAAUUAAGACACUCAAGCUAUUCAGAAUAUUAUUUUUUUUAAACUUUAUAAAGAUUACGAAUUGCUAAAAUUGAAACAAAAAUUAUCUUGUUUUUUUCAAUUAUUGGUAUAUUUUAAAAUUUUGAAUCUAAAUUUUAUUAUCGAUUAAAAUUUAUAUAUAAAAUAUAUACUCUAUAUUGUAAAUUCGUUUUUUUGACAACUUUUCUAUCAUGAAUUA